AUGGGGUCUGUAUUUGACCAUGUAGAAUUCGUUGAUGUACUUGAUAGCAAAGACGAAACGAACUUAGCAUUACUUUCGAGACCAGACUUGGGGGUAACCUUCACAAAGCUUCAUUGUUGGAGAUUAACUCAGUAUACGAAAGCUGUUUUUAUGGAUGCUGACACCAUGGUAUUGAAAAAUAUUGAUGAUUUAUUUGAGCGGGAGGAACUCAGUGCUGCUCCGGAUCCAGGUUGGCCAGACUGUUUCAAUUCCGGAGUUUUUGUUUUCAAACCGUCAUUGGAAACAUACAAGAAGAUACUAAGUUUUGCUGUUAGCCAUGGAAGCUUUGAUGGGGGCGAUCAAGGUCUGCUGAAUAUCUUCUUCUCCGACUGGGCAACCAAAGAUAUUCGUCUUCAUUUACCGUUCAUUUACAAUGUCAUCAGCCAAGCAUUUUACUCCUAUCCACCUGCUUUUAUUCAUUUUCGUAAUAAAAUUCGUGUUGUUCAUUUUAUUGGGUCUGAGAAACCUUGGCACUGUGAACUGGACAAAUUCGGACAAGUCAUUGUUCGUGAUCCCACAAGUGUUGGAACUCCUGAAUUUUUGCAGCACUGGUGGAAUUUAUUUAUGACCCACGUUCAUCCAAAACUAAUCCCUGGUGAGAGCGAUUUUGUGGGUAAAUUGGCUCAGAUUGAGAUAAGUCAAUCUUCCUCAAGCUUGACUCAAGCCAGUGAUGAAUCUGAAAGACAAUUGGCAUGGGAACGUGGGCAAAUGGAUUAUAUGGGUUCUGAUUCAUUUGAAAAAAUACAAAAUCUUCUGGAAUCAAAAAUCAAAAAAUAGAAACUAGUAUAUAGUAAGUAAGUAAGUAGCAAUUAGCAGCAAUACAUAUGAGAGUAGACGCACAAGUUAUGCAGACUGAGCAUGCAUGCAUACUUACUAACAUUUUGCUACGCAUUGAAUACCCAAAUUUUUAACUGCUGCUCACAUGUUUUGACACAUCAGUCUUAUAAACAAACAGUAAUAACUCCUAAUGAUUGCAAUAUCUCUUGUUCUACAUAGAUUAAAAAGAGGUAUACCAUAAACUGAUUUUUGGAAUUAUUCUGCCUUAAAUUAUUCCUAAUUCAUUUUGCUUAUAUUUCUGCUCAUUACUGUUUGUUUUCGAUUUUUUGGUUACUUUUCAUUGAUAAUCUUGUGGAUAUAUUGGACCAAUGAUAUAUAUAUAUAUAAUUACCAAGUAUUUCUUCAAAUUAUUUCAAUAGAAUUAAUAACUCAUACUAUUUCUAUGAUUUAUUUCAUUCUCACCAUUUUGGUUUUCAUAUUCUUCUAUGUAAUUUUGAAGUGUUUAUCUUGACUAUUUAAAGUUUCCAAUUUUCCUUUUUAUUUCACUUUAAUCUACUUUCAUGUUUUUAUGAAAAACUACUUUGUAUUUGAG